AUGCCAAAAACGAAAGGAAAACAAAAACUGAAGAAAGGAACCAAGAGAAAAUCUGGGAAGGCUAAACGCAAAGGUCGGUCAUCUCGGCAGAAAAAGCCUAAACAUGAAAUUGAUAUUAUGAGCCUAUGUGCCAUGGAAAACUUGUACUACAUCGCGCACAAUGCACCAUGUGCAUUGAUGUAUCGUGGUUUUCGUUGGUCAAGGUUAAAGCCAAAACGAGGUAAGGCUUUUUCCAUAGCAUGUGCAAAUAAAAUUGUUACUAAGACUUAUUUAUGCUUUUUAACUAUUGCAAGAAAUCCAAAUAAAGGCCUUUAA